CCUGACCGACGUGCAGUGCGAGUGGCAGCGCGUGGUAUCAGUCUGCAGCUUGCAAGCGCAAACUGUAAGUUGUGUAUCCGACGUCAACUAUCCAAAACCGUUUGAACCGCACCUUACCUUGGACGAUGGAAACCAUGCCCGGCCCAUCCAAGAAGAUGGAAACCAUGUCUGACCCAUCCGAAACUGAAAACCCACCUCAUAUCGAGGCCGCCGACCAAGAGAUCUAUACUUCUUCUAGUUCCACUUCAGCCGCCGAUUCUUCAGCAACUGGUCUCGGCGAAAUCGACCUCGGUCUCUUACGAAUGCAGAUUCUGAUUUCAGCCUUCCCCCCUUUGUUGGUCCCUGCCAUCCAUCUUGCCGGCACCAACGGCAAAGGUUCGGUUUCCGCCCUUCUAGAAUCCUGUUUCCUCUCCGCCGGCUUUCGAGUGGCGCGAUACAAUUCUCCGCACUUGCUCGAGCCGAGGGAUGCGCUUCGUAUUGAUGGGUUACCGCCUACCGAGGGACAGUGGGAGGAGGCGGUGAGAAUUGUGAAGGAGAUUGAUAAGGAGAGGAAGGUGGGAGCGACGGUUUUCGAGAUUACCACUGCUGCUGCAUACUGGUUGAUCUACAAUACGACUACUUGGUGCAAAGGGGGGGUGGAUGUGAUGAUUAUUGAAUGCGGGAUGGGCGGUGCCAGAGACGCCACAAAUGUGAUCCGGGCAGACACCGUCCUUGCUUCAGCACUCACCAGUGUGGGAUUGGAUCAUACUGCCUUUUUGGGUGAGACAGUGGAAGAGAUCACAAAGGAGAAAGCUAGUAUUGCGGUCCAGGACGCGGUGUUUGUGAUAGGGCCGCAACAGUAUGAGGGGGUGGUUGAUAUGGCGAGAAUGACGGCAGAAGAAAGGGGUGCAAAGGUUUUGGAAGCGCUCCGGACGGAGAGGGUGUCGAAAGAGAUAGAUGGACAGGUGAUGUCUCUCAGGCCUUUUGAAGCGCCGCGUCCUGUGGAAGUGCGCACCUGGCUUCCUUCAAUCCCUACUGCUACCGCCUCCUCUAGCAGUCGCCGUACCAGAAGCAGCGACCGCAACCGCAACAGCAACAGCAGCAGCAUCACGACUCAAUUAUCUCUUCCUGGAAAUCAUCAGCUUGAUAAUCUAUCUGUUGCCCUUACGAUCCUCCACGGCAUACGGCACGACACUCGCGCAAAACAAAUUCUACCUCUUCUUGAAAAGUUGACAGAUGCCGCUAUACAGCAAGGAGUAGCUUCUUGUCAGUGGGAAGGCCGUUGUUCAUGGGUACACUAUGUCGAGAAUGAUCGAGGCAAACGACAUAAUUUCCUAGUUGAUGGAGCGCAUAAUAGCGACUCUGCAAAAGUCUUACGGGAAUACAUUGAUUCACUAUUAAUAAAGGAAAAAACCGAUCAGAAACCGCGCUUUCGGUUCAUCGUAUCUUUAUCUGCAUCACCAGGCAAAUCCAUCGAUAGUGUGCUUUCCCCCCUCUUACGGCAUGGCGAUGAGAUUGAGGUGGUAGAGUUUACGACGCCGGUGCAAAAUAUGCCGUGGAUCAAGGCGGUGCCAAGGGAAGAAGUUGCACAAACUGCGGGACAGCUGUUAGGGGAAGAAGCGGUUAGUAUUGGUGGGAUAGGGGAAGAUGGUGUAAGGGAUGCUUUGCGGAAUGCGAAGAGUUCCGGGAGAUUGGCGGUUGUGUGUGGGAGUUUGUACCUUGUGGCCGAUGCCUAUCGAUUACUGAGGGGAGGGUAGUUAUAACACAUGUAACGUCUGUCGUAC